AUGUCCAUGGAGGUAGACUACGAAGGAGAAUUGAUAGAUACGCAUGUUCGGCAAUCGCAACACCAACCGGCGCGCCUCCCAGUAGACGAUGCCCACCCAUUCGAGCUGGACGCGUAUAUCUCCAACUACUCCGGCAGGACUGUUAUCGACAGGCUCGUGCAUAUCAUCUCAAGCUGUCCAACCCUCGCGCCUCAGGCGCUGCAGCUCGCCUUCGUCCACAUCCCUCAACUACGCGAUCCAGAGCUAUAUCAUGCAGUGAUCAGAGCAUACGAUGGGAUUGCUACGGCGCCGGGAGUUCAGCUUCCCCCAGCACAGGAGUUCGUCAGCGUCAAUCAGCCAUGGAUCGAGGAGCAGACGCGCGCGAACCAGGUCGAGAAGACGAAGUUGGAGGUGGAGCUCAAAACGUACUCGAACAACAUGAUAAAGGAGAGCAUUCGGAUGGGAUAUAGAGACUUGGGCGACUUCCUCCGUUCAGUCGGCGACUACUCGGCCUCGCUUAGACAUUACUCCAAGUCUCGUGAAUACUGCACGACGAGCCAGCACGUCCUCGACAUGUGUCUCUCUGUGCUCAAGCUCCUGAUCGAGCAGCGCAACUACGCGCAUAUCCAGUCCUACAUCAUCAAGGCCGAAGCCGCGCUCGAAUCGGCAUCUGCGGCCAACACUGGCUCAGCUCCGGGCCAGCCUUCCCGCAAGAACGAGCGUUCGCCCACGCACUCCAAGUUGGACCUCGCCUCUGCGCUUCACAAUCUCGGGCAAGGGAACUACGAGCGCGCCGCUACGAUGUUCUUGAGGGUCGGGUCUGCAGAUCAGCUGGGUGGUUGGGUAGGCAAGUUGAUUUCUGCAGGCGACAUCGCCGUGUAUGGCACACUCUGCGCACUCGCAACGCUCUCGCGCGGCGCGAUCAAGGUACAAUUGCUUGAGAACUCUGUGUUCUCGGUGUACAUCGAGCAGGAGCCGUACGUUCGUGACCUCGUACAUGCGUACAUGACGAACGAUUUCAAGUCUGUCUUGGAGAUCCUGUCACGCUACUCGACACGUCACGCGCUCGAUAUCCACCUUGCACCACACAUCGCCGCGCUCACGCGCCGCAUACGGGAGGUUCUCGUCAUCGUCUUCCUGCAGCCAUUUGCGACGCUUGCCCUUUCACGUAUGGCGACGUCCUUCGGAUGGGACGUAGCCGAGGCAGAGCAAGAAGUGGUCACGCUUAUCCAGGCAGGCCGGAUUCAAGCACGCGUGGAUAGUCAGAACAAGAUCCUGAGGGCGAAGAAGCAAGACCAACGUGCGAAGCUGUUCGCAGACGCGCUCCGUAUCAGUGAAGAGAUGCAACGCACGAACCGCAAGCUCUUGCUUCGCAUGCGUCUGUAA